AUGAAACUGGAGGAGCCUUUGCUGCCAAAGCCCCGAAGAACAACCCGCUCCAAGAUCUAUGACGUCCUUGAGGGGAAGGGGAGUUUUGGCUCGGCCUAUAGCUUCUUUCUCACUGUGGUGAUCCUGGUGAACAUUGCGAGCUUUGUUCUGUCCACUGAGCAUGGCAUGGAUGACUACCGCGGUGUGUUUGACAAAAUAGAAACAGCUACAGUUGGCAUUUUUACAUUUGAAUAUUUGCUACGAUUCAGUACCAGAGGAGGAACUUGUUUCAGCCGGCUGAAAUGGGUGUUUACCAACUUCUUCUCGAUCGUCGACCUGAUCUCCAUUUUGCCCUUUUAUGUGGAUCUUGCUAUUCCUGGAAGGCAAAGCUAUUUGGCCACGCAAUGGGUGAGAGUUGCUCGUUUGCUCCGGCUCCUCCCUCCACUGCCAUAUGACGUGAUCUGGAAGAAAAGCAGCAAACUCCUCCUCGCAAGUGGCUUCGCUGGCUUCACUGUUUGGGUCAUUUGUGCUGCGCUGUACUACUGGUUUGAGACUGGCAAUCCGGACAUGAUCUAUUGCCCAGAUGAAGAAUUCAAGAAGAACGAUGCUUGCUGGAAUCGGUUCCACUCCAUCCCGGCUGCAAUGUACUACUCAGUCUUGAACUUCUUUGGGGAGUUCCCUUUGGCGGAUCAGCAUUCACUUGGUGGGCGCUUUGUGGGUGGCUUUAUCCAGGUGAUGGGUGCAGCUGUGAUGGCCAUCCCUGCUGGAGCACUUGGCAAUGCCUUCUCCGAGGUGGUCGAAAAGGAAAUGAAUGAGGAGGAAACCGAGGCGGCCGAUGAUGCAGAGGCGCAGAAGGAGAAGCCCACACCUAAGGCCGGCGUCGCGGCUGUUCGCUGCCUGGACGGGGAGAGACAGGUGAAAACAUACCCAGUGACUGAUGACUUUACCAUUGACCUGGCUGAUGCCUGGUUUGUGGUGAGUGUGCUGUUGGUUGCAGCUUCCUCAUUGCACUUCAUUCUAGGGACGCUCAGACACCUACCUUCCCGCCUAGACGAAUUGCUGCUUGUGCUGCAAGUGCUGGAUGUUGUUGCAACUGCAACAUUUUCAGUGGAGUACGUCUACAGGAUUUGCACAGCUACUGGUGUUGGGUUCUCCUCACCGCUGCGGUACAUCGUGAGCGGGUUUGGUGUUAUUGACGGUCUGUGUGCAGUAGUUCCAGCAAUGAGCUACGCUUUCCCAAGGCCGUUGUUCCGUGCCUUUGCCACGUUGCGAAUUCUCAAGCUGGAGCGCUACAUCGGCGCCUUCAGCUCUUUCAAGCAGAUUCUGUGGCAAAAUAGGGCAGUGCUAUCAGUGACUGGAGGGGCAGCCGCUGUGCUGUGGGUGAUUUUCAGCACCCUGAUGUACUAUGCAGAGCACCACAACCCAGAUCCGGAAAUGGCUGCACACUAUUCUAGCGUCUCAACUUCCAUGUGGGUGACGCUGUUGAACCUAUCCGGGGAAGCCCCCCUCUGUGAAUACACCACUGCCGGGAAGUUCAUCUCCGCAUUGAUGGGAUUGAUCGGAGUGGGCUUCGUGACCAUCCCCAUGGGAGUGCUGGGUUCAGGUUUUCAGGACCUCCUAGAGCAGGAGGAUGAAGACGACGAUGCUGCAGACACGAAAGAAGGCCCAACUGGUCAAGAGACGUUCCCCUCGUUCCGACAACUUGUAUACAAGUUUUUGCAGGGCUCUGCAGCAAACCAGGUUGAAGACCUGAAUCCCUGGGAAGCCCGUGCAGUUCAUUUUGAAAGACUGAUUUUCUUUACAAUUUUUGUGACGGUCAUCGCUGCCAUCAUGGAGACGGUGGAAGGUUUCGAUCCCCCUGGCUCCUUCAACCGUCAGGCGUUGGACGCCAUCGAGAUCGUGGCGACACUCCUCUUCACUUUGGAAUAUGGCCUGCGCUACUUCUGUGCCCCAGAGGCCCCGGAGUGGGCGGCCCAGGGCUACGUCAGUGAUCGGGCAGCACGAUGGAGUUUUGCCACCUCUGCUUCGUCGAUAAUUGACCUGUUGGCCAUUGCACCCUACUACUUGGCGCUUUGUGGUUCCAGUCUUGCAGACCAAUACGAUGGCGAGCUCCGGAUGUUGCGAAUCUUCCGAUUGCUGACAUUGGACAAGUAUAUUCCCUCGGUGUCCUUGAUUGGCCGAGUGUUCACCAAACAUGCCAAGGACUUCCAAAUGGCGGCCUAUGCUUCAGCAUCGCUUUGGUUGAUCUUCUCUGCGCUUAUGUGGCUCACUGAGAGGCACGAUGGCACCGAGGUGGACGACCUCAGCAUGUCGCAGCGCUACGGGAACAUGCUCACCGCCAUGCCAUACACCUUGGUUCACCUCACAGGAGACUACCCUUUGAUCGACUAUGACUUUCCAGCCAAAUGCGUCCUCUUCCUGGCCUUGCUCUUUGCCGUUGGAGUGGUCUCAGUUCCCACCGGUCUUCUGGCAUCGGGCUUUACACAGGAGCUGAAGAAGUACCGUGCGGAAAUGAGAAAGAAAAGAGCAGAUGCAGCAACAAAGAUCGAACGAGCCAUCCUCAGCUACUUGAGGCGGAGGAGGUUGCGAAAGAUCACUGAAGACACCAAGGCACAGAGCAUGUCCAUAAAAAGGCUCAAGGACUCGGUCAAGAAGGACCACCCUGGAAAGAUCAAGCUGGUGGACUUCCUGGAAAAAAAGACGCUGGCAGGACGAGUUUGGAAGAAGACCAUGUUGCUCCUCAUCAUUCUGAAUGUCCUCGCCGUGAUUGGCGAAAGCAUGACCUGGGUCAAGGAGGCAAUCGGGCCAGACAUUUUAAAUGGCUUCGAGUUGGUGAGUGUCCUCCUGUUCACCUUCGAGUACCUGGCCAAUGUAUGGUCUGCGAAUGCCAAUGUCAGGUACUGUUUCCGGCGUAGGAAUUAUACUCUGUCUUUCUUCGGCAUUGUGGAUCUGGUGACGGUGGCCCCCUUUUGGAUCCAGACAUUACUGUACCUGAGCGGAAUGCAGUUCAAUGCCUUCAUCUUCCGAAUUGCACGGCUGCUUCGCAUCCUGCAAUUGGAAGACUUUGUUGAAAGCUUCACGUUACUUGAUGAUGCAUGGCGGAGCUGCCGUGAAACCAUGGUGGCCACAGGGUUUAUGGCUUUGCUGGUCUGGGUCUGUGGUGCCGUGCUGUUCUAUGAGUUCGAGCAGGACAACCCUGCAAUGGAAGGAGCCUUCAAGGACUUGCCAUCCAGCAUGUACUUCACAAUUAUUUUCCUCGGCGGAGAGUGGGCAAAGGUUGAUUUUACACCAGGUGGAAAGAUUGUGUGCGUCAUAUAUUGUGUCGUUGGUAUCGGGCUCUACGGAAUACCAAUUGGGGCCGUGUUUGAAGCAUUCAGCGAUGUCUUGGCGGAUCAAGAGGACGAAGCUGAAGACGAGUGA